AUGGCAGUGUUUGCCUACUUGCUGUUAAGUGUUGGCGACGACUUGAUAGCGUACGGCAGUGCCCUGCUCGAUUGUCGCGGCUCGUGGACGGAAUGUAGGUCGCAAUUGGCCUCCAAACGCAAAGAACGCCAAUUUGAGACCUUGCUGCAGCGCUAUUACCCCGCCACCGAUUGCUCAACUGCCCCGUGUCCAGCUCCAUCGGUCAAGAUGUCAACAGAAUCGUUGGACAGUUGCGAUUUCGCCUACCAGGAAGCGUCAUCACCGGGUUCCAUCAGUCUGGACAAGAGCUCAUCAACCGAGGUGGUACAUACAGUAGAAAACAUCACCGAAGUGUCUCCGGGGCUGUGUUUCGUCAUCAGUGGCACAAUCCAGCUGACUUGUGAGCGAUUUUCCAUCAAUCUGCUGCUGAAGAACGGUGACGUCGCUCUGCACUUUAACCCACGGUUGCCUCAGAACUACAUCGUGCGGAAUUGCCGCGUGAAGGGAUGCUGGGGCCGAGAGGAAGUGGCAUCACCGCUCUCCUUCAACCUGCACCGUGGCCAGCGGUUCGCCGUACAGGUGCUGGUGACCGACAAGGAGUUCCUGAUCUGCGUAAACGGGCGACAUUUCAGCGCAUUCCAGCACCGGUUGCCCUAUCGCAAGAUCUGCACCCUCGAGGUAAAGGGUGACGUCCGCGAUGUGGCCGUCGACCAAUGCUACAUGGAGUGCUAUCCUCAGCUCGAGCUGGAGCUCAUCCGCCAACAGUCGCCGGAGGUCAGUGACGCACGACCGGAAGCGGACGGCAAACCGAUGCCGUACACCGGAGUCCUGCAAGAAAAGUUUACGAAUGGCCGGAAGCUCAACCUGUACGGGAGAGUGAAGCUACUGCCCCACUCGUUCUAUGUGAAUCUGCAGAGCAGUGCGUACGUGUGGCCACAUCCGGACAUUCUGUUCCAUCUGAAUCCACGCUUCGGAAACGUCGGCGGUCGGCACGUGAUCUGCCGGAACUCGUGGCAAAAUGGCAAGUGGGAGCGCGAAGAGCGAUCGGAAAAUGUUACCGAGUUCGCACCUGGCAAAAACUUUCACUUGCAGAUCGCUUGCACGGACGUUAGCUAUCAGGUGUCCCUGAACGGGAAGCUGAUCGCGGAGUUUAUAUUUCGAGACAGUCCGCGUCUCGUGGAGGCCGUCUACAUCCAGGGAGACAUCAAGGUGUUCGACGUCGUCGUCGAGACCGCGUAUUAACUCAUCGGAAAAGGACCGAGAAGCCAAAGAAAGUCUAUACGGAAGCCACUGGGCCCUGUUUGUUGGAAGCCGCGGAUGCAAGGGAUAGUAUGCAUGUGCAUCGAAGUAUGAAAAGCCUAUUGCAAUGAGUGUUCUUUGCUCAAACUGAUACAAUAAUAAUACUGUAAUAGUUUUCCGCCAGCCAGCUAGGGCAUGCCUACACCCUUCUAGGGAUCAAUUACUAGAAAAGUUAAAAGCUCAGUCGAUAGUCCGUAUGUCUUUAUGUUGUUCAAAUAAUGGUUAUUUGAUGUUAAUAUCUUUAUUGUUAUUAGCUUUUGGCAUAUAUACUUACGAAGCAAUAAAAAAAUAAAAUAAUGCGUCAUUCCU